AUGCUCUCGUUCUGGCCGAUGUCGGGCGCGUCGAGCAGCUCGACGGCUCCACCCAUCACACCCACGCCAAAUCGCAGGCACGAGCCCGAAACGUCGAUAGAUCGACCUAGACCAGCAGAGUACACCGCCCCCGAAGACUCAAAACCUCCAGGAAGCGAGCGCAGAAUCACUGUGCUGUCCGUGGUGGAGCAGUCGACCGGAGUGCUGGGCACGGUGCUUUCGAACCCGGUCGGAGCAGCGGUUGCUGGUAUCUCGACCACCUCACUGGCUGCCUUGCUGUGGUGGCGCUACUUUCGCCGCAUCCCAACCGCCGAAUACGUCACUCCCGCCGUGCUCAAGUACCGCAAAGUACUCGUCGGCCGCGUCGUAACAGUCGGCGAUGCCGACGGCUUCCGAUUCCACCACACCCCAGGCCCACCCUUUCUGCGCGACUGGCUGAACCCCUGGCCGCCACGCGUGCGCAGCAAGAACGCCAAGCCAGGCACGCGCACUCGUCUCGUGCGCGAGACCAUUUCCGUGCGUAUCGCCGGUGUCGAUGCUCCUGAAAGCGCUCACUUCGGCAAACCCGCCCAACCCUACUCGAAAGAGGCUAAGGACUUCCUCACGUCCAUGGUGCAGUCACCGUCGUCGCCCGACAACCUCACCGCACCCAAAAAGUCGUUCUUUAGCUCCGCAAGCUCAUCAGCACCCGCUCACCCCAGCAACGACGUUUCGACAAAGGUCGUCUGGCUCUACCCAUCGCAUAUCGACCAGUACAAGCGGCUCGUCGCGACGCCGUAUGUAUGGGAGCCACCGUACGUGCUGGGCAAGACCAACGUCUCGCUCGCCAUGGUCAAGCAGGGACUGGCUACGGUGUACCGCUCUGCAGGAGCCGACUACGGCCAGGCCACGUGGUGGGCACGCUUCUGGCGCAAGUCAACCACCGGCCUCACCGCGCUAGAACGCGCAGAAACCAAAGCAAAACGCCAAAAGACCGGCAUGUGGAGCCUGGGCAAGAAGUUUGAGAGCCCCGAAGACUACAAGAAGCGCAUCAAGGGCGAAACCUAG